GGUACAGCGGGUAACAACGGAGAGAAAUUUAUCACAUAAAAAAUGAUUGAAUCAGUCAAAUUAAGAAGACGGUCCAUGCUGGAUUUCUACUCACAUUAUGAACAUCUUUGUGAACUUCAAGGCUCUCUCCCACUGAAAGCUGUGAAGGCUAAUGUGACUCGUGAUGCUAUUGAUCUAAUUGUAGAUCGCAUCAAAGCUACUGAUUGGGCACCACUUCUUAAUGCUCUCAGGCAUAAUAAGACUCUGACUUCUAUUGGAAUAAGAAGUUUACAUCAGCAUGGUCUUGAAGAAUCAGGUGUUGAAAGACAUAAAACUUACCUUAGAAGGAGAAUUCCAGCAACUCUGCCAAAAGACUUGACUGGCCAACUAUGCAAAGCUGUGAAAGGCUGUCUCAGUAUAUCAGAUGUACUAAAACAUUUAGAACUGCAGGGUUUGCUUCUGAGGGAAAGAGACCUAGCACUUUUAACAAAGGGCUUGGCCACAGCUUCAUCUCUGGAGAGUGUCUCUUUAGCCCACUGCCCAAUUGGAGAUGGAGGGUUGGAAACAAUCUGUCAGAGUAUAAAGAAUACAGCUACUAUCAGAUUUGUAAACUUCACAGCAUGUAGCCUCACGUGGCGAGGGGCAGAACAUAUAGCAAAUUUAUUAAAGCACCAGGCAAUAAGAAGACAUGGUGAAGCUUGGGCUGAAAGCCUACGUUACAGGAGACCUGAUCUUGAAUAUAUGACAGGUUUGAGGCGGAUUACUUUGAACUGCAACAUGCUUGUUGGAGAUAGAGGAGCAAGUGCCUUUGCAGACUGUCUAGGAGAGGACCUUUGGCUAAAAGCGCUUGAUUUGCAGCAGUGUGGAAUAUCCAAUGAAGGAGCAAGGUCAUUAUUAGAUGCUCUUCAAACUAACACAACAUUAGUGGUACUUGAUGUAAGAAAAAAUCCAUUAAUUGCUCAUGUUCUGAUAAAAAAGAUUAUUGAAAGAGUUCUCAAGAAUGGAAGCAGUGCUGACUCAGAGGGACCAGAUCCACCUGGAGACAGAGAAAAAUUUAUACAAGGAUUAACUUUUAAGUGGCUGAUGUCUCCGUCUUCCAAAGAUGCUUUGAAAACUAAGCCAAAGAAAAGAACUAUUGUCCUAGGAAGUGGUCGGAAAGGAAAAGCUACUAUUCGUAUUGGAUUAUCAUCUAAAAAAUCUGUAAGUCCUGGGAAAAAAAAUUCCACUGUGCGAGAGAGUUACUCACCAAAACCAUUACCACCAGGCACAAAGGGCUUCCUUCCUUGGCGGACUGCAGAACGUGCAAAGAGAUGCAGAGGCAGGGCUGCGGAUUGUAAUGGAGAAUUGCCAUUGAAGAUUCAGACAGCUGUUCCUGUGAAAGUGACACUAGAACGUGCUUCUACAUCUGAAACUGAAGACACAGAAGAUUUAGAGGAUGAUAUCCAGGAGACUGAUUUGCCAAAAUCAUUAGAUAAGACUGAUGUAGCACAAUACCAACAGUUACAGUUGGAGCUGGAAGAAUGCAUGGAAAAACUAAAGGAAGAACAGAAAGCUAGAGUAAAGGCUGAGGAACGAUUACUAGAGCUGGAAAUUGAAAAUGCAAGAUUAAGGAGUCUAAAUAUCUCCCUAUCCGAGGUUCUUCAUGCACAGUCAGUAACCAGCAUGAUUUUGGAAGAUGAAGGUGUUCUAGGCAGCAUUGAGAACUCUUUUCAAAAGUUUCAUGCUUUUUUAGACCUCCUUAAAGAUGCUGGGCUCGGACAACUUGCUGUAUUAGCUGGGAUAGACCAGUCAGAUUUUGGUAUUUUGGGGCAUCCACAAAUGAAUGCUACUCUCUGUAAGCCUGUGAACACGGUAAAGGAGAAGUCUUUUGAAGAAGAAAGACAGGAACAUACUGAGAAUAGCAAAAACAGAGCUGGGGACAUCCAAUUUCCUCUUCCUGGAACAUUUCAGUCCCAGAUAGUUGUGAAUAAUGCCUUUUCAUCACUUAAAGAAAUGAGAGAACUUCAGGCUGCUGGACAGCAGUACCAGCCAGGUUUGUGGAAGGAAAAUGAAGCUCAAACAAUUAACCAAAACAAAGAGAAUAAGCCUCGAAGUAGUACUCCAGUAUUAUCUGAGAGGAGGGUCAAACAAAAUGAGCAAGCAAAAGCACAUCACUCAGCAAGGCAGUUGGCUACCAGUCUGCAUUCUUUUGCUGAUUCCAGUGUACAAAUCAGAAGUGAUGACAGCAGAAUAUCCAAUGGUAUUCCUGGUGAAAAAAGCAAAAAUUAUUCCUCUAAGAAACACAUCCCUGUAGCAAAUGAAACAGCAACUCCAAGUAACGGAGUGAGAGGAGACAAAAGCAGACUGCAGGUAGUGAAUGUUAGCUCUGGAACUGAUACUGUAGGAUCUGUCUCUGAAAUACAGGAAAGUAUACCAAGUGUUACCAGCAUUUGAAGCAGUUGUAAAAUGUUUGAACUGUUCUUUACACUUGCAAAAUUAUGUUUUGGAUGUCUCAGUAUAAUUAGUGGAGUUUUUGUAAAGUUUUGUAGACUUUGACUUUUUAAAGCAUUGCAUACUGCUCAGUAUUCCUGUUUCAUGCUUGCAUUCUUUGUCACUAGAUUUUUAGUUUUGAAAACAUGUGAGACACCUAAAAUGGUACACAUGAGUUUGUACUACACAUGAGGGACUCAACAUACGGAUUUCAUUAUCAAAGAUUUUUAAACUAAUAAAGUUAAUUUGAGUACAGUU